AUGGGCGGAGGGGGCGCGAUCGUCCACGGCUUCCGCCGCUGGUUCCACCGCCGGAACGGCUCCACCUCCGGCUCCAACCAGUCGUCCGCCGCCGGCGAGGGGGACGACGGCUCGUCCGAUCUCGAGGUCAUCGAGGACCCGGAUCUCGUCAGCCUCCGCGCCAUCCGCGUGCCCAAGCGCAAGAUGCCGCUGCCCGUCGAGAGCCACAGGAAGUUAGCUAUAUAUAUCUCGGCAAUUGCUGCCCUCAUCCCGCGUUAUACUGAUCCUGAGGAACUCUUUUCCAAGUUGUCCACUUGUGUUUUUGAUGAUCUGACCAGCCGACCAGGGCACCGGGCUUCUAAUAAGAUUCGAAAUGAGAAGGCCAGGAGAUACUUGAGCUGCAUGCGGAAAAAAUAUCCCGUGCCCUUUACUCAUAAAUUUCGAAAUGCUGAUCCUUUGGCUCUUCGUCUUCUAGAGCGUUUACUUGCAUUUGAUCCUAAAGAUCGGUCGACUGCAGAAGAGGCUCUAGCUGAUCCAUACUUUGCAUCCCUUGCUAAUGUGGAAUGUGAGCCAUCAAGACACCCUAUUUCUAAACUUGAAUUUCAAUUUGAAAGAAGGAAGCUGGCCAAAGAUGAUGUUAGAGAAUUGAUCUAUCGAGAGAUUUUGGAGUAUCAUCCACAGAUGCUGGAGGAGUACAUGAAAGGUGGAGAACAGAUUAGCUUCCUCUAUCCAAGUGGAGUUGAUCGGUUCAAACGGCAGUUUGCACAUCUUGAGGAGCAUUAUAGCAAAGGAGAAAGAGGUUCUCCACUGCAAAGAAAGCAUGCUUCUUUACCAAGGGAAAGAGUGGUUGUAUCGAAGGAUGGUAAUACUGAGCAACAUAUUAAUGAUCAGGAGAUAAGUGCAGAUUCUGUAGCCCGCACUACUGUGAGCCCUCCAAGGUCAGAAGAGGCUGACAUGAAUGAUGUGAAAUCCACAAGCUUAAGCUCUCGGAGCUACCUGAAGAGUCUCCAGGAUGCACUCCUAGGCAGGACUGUCCAGGCAACAGCAAUUUUGGCAUAA